AUGACUCUCGCUACUACUGCAUUUUCCAAGGCCAUAGCUGCAGUAGUCGUCGCAGAUGACGACAAGUCCAGCUCUCAUGUAAGACGGGCCCCUGAAAGCAUGCGGGAGGGCGUGAUCCGGAACGGCUUCGGGGAGGCAUCACCGCAGGCCGUCUAUAUCACGGGCAUUGACAAUGACGAGUUGGGACUGGCCAAGGAGUUUGUCAAGCGUGGCACGUUUACCCCCAGACUGGAUUCGACACCACGAGUUGAAGCAGAGAGGUUCAAGGCCGAGAUUUGUCUGCCACAUGGUGUAGAUGUGGUGCUGGAGUGUACUGGGGUUCAGAUCUCUGCGCAGACGGGGAUAUGCUGCGUCUAG